AUGCUGCCAAGAAUACCAGUCGCCUUCCGAGCCGUUGCUGGCAGAGCUGGCUCUUCCGGCACUCGGAUCGUGCGGUCAUGUUCAGCCUCACACCCUCGUUUCUCAUCAUCGACACCGACCUCUACACCACCCCCGCUGCUCAAGCUCGAGAAUGCGCUCUUCAAGAACCUCAAUCCACCGACAACCCCCCUUCAAUGGACCGUCAACGAUUUCGCCACCGAAGAAUGCUGGGCCAUCAUCGCUCCCGCCUCCGAACAAGGCGGUGCUGUGCGUCGCGAACUGAUCGACAUUCUCUCCGGUCGACUUCGUCCUCGCCGCCACCCGGAUAAUCUCCAACAUCCACCCGUCCAUCCAUUUCUCUUCGAUCCAUCCCAACCUGAAGCACAUCCUCGCUCUUCCAGCCAAGCAAUCAAACACGUCUCGUUUGCCACCAAGAUGGGCUCUUCUUCUACCUCCGGCAGCUCCGACUUUACCAACUACUCUGCGCGCUACGGUGCCAUUCGAGACGAAGACCGCAUCACGCUGUACGAGCGUCUGAUGGAUCUGCUCGACUGUCCCGUCGGACUCGUCGCUGCGACCAAACUCAUCCCCGACCCAUUCGAUCCUCCUGACACCCCACACCAGGUAGGUCGAUUCAAGUACAAGUCCGAACACGAACGUCAAGCGGCGCUCACCAAAGCUCAAUCCGCCGACAAGAUCAUCAAACGCAUGGCUCCUCUGCUGCUCAUCACCGACGAGCUCCUGCAUCGACCGGUGAUAGCGCUUUCCAAUGGUCAGACCAGACGCGCGCGCAUCCUGAGCAGCCUCAUCACGGGCGCCGAGCUGGUGGUGCUCGAAGAACCGUUUUCCGGGAUCGAUGUGGGAACCAGAAGCAGGUUGAGCGAUCUGUUUGCUAGAUUGCAUGGUGGGAGGAGACCGAGGUUGGUGUUGGUGUUGAGGGAGCAGGAUGCUGUGCCGGAGAUGGUGACGCAUCUGUUGAAAGUGGAUGAUAAUGGAAAAAUUAUCUGGAUCGGACCAAGACCGACAUCCAUCAACGACAUGGCGACAUCGGAAGCGCAGUCGAAGCAAGGAGGAUACGAACUCGUCAAAUCCAACUCGCUCUCGUCCAUCGGUACCGGCGACACCACCUCUCCUCCGCUCAUCCACCUCUCCUCCGUCUCCAUCCAGUACGGCGACAAACUUGUGCUCGAUUCCGUCAACCUCUCGCUCCACCCUGCGACGCGUCUCGUCCUGGCAGGCGACAACGGUUCGGGCAAAACCACGCUGCUGGCGCUACUGCUCGGUGACCAUCCGAAAUCCUUUUCUUUCCCUUCGACCGCUCUUUCGCUCUUCUCGCAUUCGCGCGAUCACCCUUCCAACGCACGAACGCUGCUCAACCGUCGAAUCGGGCACCUCUCGCCCGAGCUCUUCAACGCGUUCCCGCGCAAACCGCUCUCCUCCGGCGGGCUCACGGUGGGAGAAGUCGUCGCUUCUGGCUUCGAAAACGUCUUUGCUCGGCGAAAAUACACUUCCUCGCAAAAGCAAAGAGUGUAUUCUCUGCUGAAGAUGUUUUCGGAUCUGAUCAAGUCGCCUCAGGGAGCAUCGCUGAUGCGAGAGGAUAGCGAUGUUGCGAGUCUUUCCGAUCGAGCAUUCUCGGGUCUCAGUCAUGGAAGUCAAGCAGUAGUGCUGUUUUUGCGCGCGGUGGUGGGGAAUCCAAAGGUGUUGGUGUUGGACGAACCGUUUCAAGGGAUGGACAAGAGACAGGUGCACAGGACCAGAGAGUUUCUCGAUUUCCCCGAACGAUUUCCCAUCGGCGAAGGAGAGGUGGAAAGGGCAGAAGAUUUGGAGGAGAGGAAGAGGAUGGCGGUGGUACUGGUGAGUCACUACGAGUCGGAGUGGCCGAUCAGCUUUGGCGAGUUUCUCAGGCUGAGCGAUGGCAAAGUCGUCGAACAGUUCUAG